UCUGGGAUCCCUUUCCUAAUGGGGACUUUGCCCUGCCUGGAGCAUCCUGGGACCCCUGGGGUGAGCGGCUGCCCUGCAUCAGUUUCCCCACUGCUGAACACCAGCCACCAGCUGAUCUGAUGGAUCAGGAGCUGUGCCAGCAUGGGGAAGCAGGGGGCUCCCUGAGCUCCCGGGAGCCUUCCUGUGUGCAGAGAAGCAAGGUUUUGUGCUGCAGAAAUAGGAGAGAUUCCAAAAGCAGCUGCCAAAUUUCAGUCCUCUCCCCAGCACACAGGGUCAUAGAAUCGUUGAAUCAUGAAGGUUAGAAAAGCCCUGCAAGAUCCCCAAGUCCAACCCCAACCCAUCACAUCAUGUCUAUUGACCAUGUCCCUCAGUGCCAUAUCUCCGUGGUUAAACACCUCCAUCCCUGGUGACUCCCCCACCCCCCUGGAGAAGAGGGGCUGGCCAUCAGGACGUGUCCCACUGCCCCCUUGGGAAUAUGGUCACUGCUGACUGCCCUGGGAUGGAGGGCAGCUGGGAAUUCCCACUGCUGCAGGACACGUGUCCAGCCUUUGCUGAGUAACCAGGGGCCGUGCACUCUCCUGGCUCUGCUGGAAAAUAGGAAUAAAUACAAAAAGCACGAAAUAUUUUUUCAGUUGGCUGCUACACUGCCUCAGCAGAAAUAUUUUCUGCUGCCUCAGAAUUCUGACGCAGCACAAAAGUGAGCCAAGGGCCUUAUCACUGCCCGGCCGCGCUCUGUUUGCACCAGCCGCGUUAUCGCCCCAUGGCAACCACACACAGCCAUGACUCAGCACGGCGCUGCUGCGAGCUCCUUGCACCAAUGGCUAAAGCAUCCUGCUGCAGAAAGUGGGCUUGAGAGCCCACCCGAGUGCCCUGCUGCAGGGCAGCCUCAGCAUCGUGGCCCUCGAGGUGGGGGAGCCAGCAUUUGUGGGCUGUUCCCUGUCUUCGGAUCAGCUCAGCCCCACAGUGCUACCGCUGUGCGGGACCCCUGGGAGAAAGGAGUCAUGUUGUGCAGUGGUCUCACCUCGUGCAAUGUUCUCAGGUUGUGGAGCAGUCUCAUGCUGUGCAGUGAUCUCAUGUAGUGCAGUGGUCCCACUUAGUGCAAUGGUCUCAUGCAGUGCAGCGGCCUCAGACUGCGCACUGGUCUCAUGUUGUGCACUGGUCCCAGGGGAUACAGUAGUCUCGCAUUGUGCAGUGGUCUCAUGCAGUGCAAUGGUCUCAUGUUGUGCAAUGGUCUCAUGCUGUGUACUGGUCUCAUGCUGUGCAGUGGUCCCAGGUGGUACAAUAAUGUCACACUGUGCACUGGUCUCAUGUUGUACGACAGUAUUCUGGAGGUUGGUGGCCCUGCCUGUGGCAGGGGAGUUGGAACCUGAUGGUUCCAACUUGAGGAACCUUGAGGUCCCUUCCAACCCACACCGUUCUACGCUUCUAUGUCGUACAAUGGUCUCAUGUUGUGCAGUGGUCCCAGGUUGUGCCAGGGAAGGUUUAGAUUGGGCAUGAAAAAGAAUUCCUUCAUGGAGAGGGUGGUCAAGAGAGGAAUGCCCGUGGCAGUGGUGGAGUCCCCAUGCCUGGGGGUAUUUAAAAGAUGUGUGGACAUAGUAUAAGGGCUUAGUGGUGGUACUUGCGAGGUCAGGUUGAUGGCUGGGCUUGGUGAUCUUGAAGGUCUUUUCUGACCUCAAUGAUUCCAUGGUUCUGUGACUGGAUGAAAGAGGCUCUGCCCAGGGCACGGUGUUGAGAUGAUGGUGUGGAGCUGUGGGGAGCUGAGCAAAAUUUGUGAUGGACUUCAGGCCCUUCCCUGGUCCACUGCCAGCAUUCACUGCUUCAAAGGCAUCAGGGGAACAUAACCUGUGCAGAAAGUGCGUUCCUCACCCAGUGGUUCCAUGCUGCAAACAGGAGGAGGAAGGCCCUGCCCUGAGCACAGCAAUGCACCUUCCUGGCCCCACAGGAACCUUCCUUGCUCACAGGCACCUUUCAUUAGCAAGCGCCUGGGGCUGCACAGUCUGGGACACAGCUCUUGAGGCUACCACUGAGUGCUGGGUACCUGGGGGAUGGGGUCCUUCCCAGCUCCCUUCUUGCCUGCAGCUGGGGAACACCCAGCGUCCAGCCUUGGGCAGUGGCCUUGCAGCCACUUUCUGCUCUCCUGAGCCUACAGCUGUGAGUUUGGACCCUGCACUGGCAGAGCCUCCUCUGUAGAACUCCCCAGUUCACUACUGUGCUGAAUGGGCACGGGUCACUGGUAGGACACAGUGUGACAUACAGGACACAGUAUGACCUAUAAGACACAGUGUGACCUGUAAGACACAAUGGCUCCUGUAGGAUGCAAUGUUACAUGUAGGACACAACUGUCACAUGCAGUACACAAUGCCUCGUGUAGGACAUGAUGUGAUGUGUAGGAUCCAAUGUCACAUACAGGACACAACAUCACCCAUUGGACACAACGUGGCUGUAAGACACAAUGUGACAUAAAAGACACAGUGUCACUUGUAGGAAGCAGUCACAUGCAGGACAUAAGGUAAUGUAUAGGACACAACAUCUCAGAAUGUUUGAAGACAUUUUUGCAUUGCUGCCUUCCUGGUCAGAGCACUAUAAUUCACAGCCCUGCCUCAGUCUGUGGCAUUGCAAUCAUUUAUUUCACCUGAAUGGUCCCAGAAGGGUCCUUCUCUGUGGCUCUGGUUCUCCCCCCUCCCUCUUCCCACACUCACCUCCUGCACAGAACCCCCUGGGGACACCUCUAGGAACCCCACACUGCGGGGGCGGGGGGGGGUUGCUCAGCUCCCUCCUGGCCCAUCAGCUGUGCUGUGUUCACUUGGCACUAGUCUCAGUGUUUUGGGCACUAGUGAUGAAGAAGACCCCUCAAAUCCUCCCCUGCAACACCUCUCCUCUCCCUAAGGACAACGAUGAGAGCAAAACUCAGUUUCCCCAUAGAUACCAUGGCUGCACAGCAGUGUGACACUGGGAAGUGACAGCAGCUGCCGGGUGGAGUUGUGCCCGCGUGUGCCAGCAGCAGCAGAACGGACCCCGGCCCACUUCUGCUAAACCCAAGGGGAAAAAGCAGGCAGUGGCGUGGUGGGUGCAGCCUGGCGCUGGAUUUAUCUCGGGCUGCAGCCAGGGUGGUGAGGAACUAUCUGGUGUGGGGCUGGCAGGGCGUGGGGCUGCCGGGGGGCGAUAGGGGGGCAGCGGGCAGCGGGCUGCACUGCAGCUGAUAGGGGGUGUUGUGCUGUGGGGAUGCUGCUCCGAGCACUGCAGGAAGGGCUGAGCCUGCUCCUGGAGAGGGGUGCUGUGAUGGUGAGCCCCUUGCCCCGAGCCCCGUCUGCUGCUCCUCGGGAAGUUCUGCGCUGUCCCUUGCAGUGUGCCCCAACACUUCCCACCCCGGUGUUCCUGGGGCUCGGUUCGCUCCCAGCCCAAGGCAGGGGCUCCAGUGGGAGGACAGAGGUUGGAACUCUUGGUCUGGGGUCUGUGUCCUUGUGCAGGGUAGAUGGACACCCUGGCAAGGAUCCCGGGCACCCUGGUGAGGAGCAGGGGCGAGAGCAAAGCAUCAGCUUGGUAACAGGCAGGAAAAGCCUUACCUCAAAUGACAGUGCCUUGGGACACCUGCUCAUCAAUGCAGAGCUGCUUUGGCCCAUUUCUGGAUUGCUUUUGCCUGAGUUCUUCUGCCGAGGGAUAACCCAGCAGCUGUGUAAUUGAAUCAUUCACUUUUCUCGGAAUAUCCUGGCUCUCACACCUGACCUCGUGCCUUGCAUCCCUUCCUCUUGCUCAUCUCUGAACAGAGCCUGGAGCAAUCCUUUACAAGGAUAUGGGGAGAGGGGUAUGUGAAUAGGGCCAGGACCCUCUGCUGCAGUGCCCCAGAGGUCCUCUGUGCAUUUCUGUGCAUUUCUGCUGUGAACAGCCCCAAACUGCACACUGAGACCAAAAUUUCAGACACACGAGAUUCCCUGUGUUAUUAAACCACCACAGCACAAGGCUGUAAGCCAGCUCCUGUGCUGAUGUUUGCACUGCAAGUAACUUGUAUGGCAUGAAGCCCAGGCCCUGAGUGCCUGACACUGGACCACAUGAAUAAUGACCUGGGCACAGCCAGGGCUGCUCCGCGCCUCGUGGAUUCAGGGCUAACAUGCACAAAGGGUUAAGCUUGGAUCCCCAAAUGACACAUCUGCGUGAGGAGUGAGCCCAUGCCCCCCGAUGAAUUUCACUGCACUCCUUAAGGCAACAGGAGGUGGACAGCUAGAACCAGUGCUUUGCUGUUAGUUUAUUUUCACUGAUACAGUCAGAAGUUUAUGAACAGCCUGCAGUGCAGAAAUGUUGAGUUCCUGACCUCUGAAAAUGGAAUGAACAGGCUGAGGUGCCUGCAGCAGCAUCCAGGCUGCAGGGCCAGGGCACUGACCUCUGUCUGCCACAGACCCAGUGCUGUGUACCACCAGACACCGUGGGAGUGGAGCAGUGCUCAUGGAACCCACGGUUAUAUUCCCCCUUAGUUUAUUGCUGUGAAACAGAAGCCGUUUGAGCUGUCUUUAAUCUGAAGGCAGAGUGCUGAGGGAUGAGCCAGGGCUCAGUUAGAUGGCUCUCCCUGCAGCAAUAGCAUCGAGCCCUCUGCCUGCUUGCUGUGAAACCACGGCCUGCUCUGACUGCACUGUGCCAUGCCCGCACCUCUUCUGGGGUCUCUUCUGCCUCCUCUUCCCUCCUAAGGAAAUGGCAUCCUCAGAAAUCCUUGGUGCUCGUGUUCAGGCAUGGCAAGGUGUAUAAGUUAUGGUGAUUCAUGCCAGCUGGUUGCUAAUUUUCCUAAAUUUCUCAUUAAGCAUGUCCUGAGAGGGCCCAGAGCAGAAGCUCUGCCUGUCCCUUUGGGUCUGUGGCUGUUCUGUAAGACUCUGCCCCAGUUCUCUUUUUGGGGUACAUCCAGGCUGUAGCCUGAAGGCUGCUUUGCCCCUGGAGCAGCUCUGCAUCAGCAGCGUGGCAAGGAUCGGUCAGCUCUGCACCACAUGAGCUUGCCUUGGUACAACGAAGAGCACCUCUGCUCUGUUUCCUCUUCUUCCCCCCGCCCAUGGCUCUCAGGACCACCCUUAUCCACCUCAAGGAGAUGUGAUCCUGCUCCACUGUGCACCCAUGAGAGCAGACCUGAGUGGGUCACAGUGUGGGACAGGGACCUGAGGUUUCUCUCCCCUGUGCCUGCUUUUCCAUGGAGUCCAGAAAAUCAGCGUUUAUUGACCACAGAUCCUCAUUAGCAGUAAAGGUGCAGGGCUCUCCUCCGAGCACUGUGUCCAGUGCUUCCUGCUUGUCCCAGCUUUGCUCUCCACUCUGCCUCCCCUCCCCGAGCUCUGUCAUGCUGCAGGCCCACAUGCAGAAGAAAAACAUCAUUAUCUUUUUUAUUGAAAGUUCAGCUCCACCGAGCUGAAAAUGAGACUCCCAUCACAGAUGAGGCAAAUACAUUGCUAAUAAUAAACCCAGACGUAGCUUGGAUUUUAUCCUUAGCACGGGUCUGCCAGGCAAAGCAGACAGCAGGAAGAGAAGUAAUAACCGAGCAAUAACGGAGAGGGGCACGCCAGGCUGUUCACUGCCCCCCAGCUGUGCAUGCAGCUGUCCUGGCCAGCUCUCUGCUCAGUGCUGUGCUGCCUGACACAGAAUGAGAAUAUCUGCGUGCGAUUUGGGGGUUGCACGUAUUCGAUUUCAUUCUACGAGCCUUACUAAAAACUGAAGAACUUCAGAAGCCUUCGGAUCCCCCCAGGAACCGUGGGCGUGUGGCUCCGUGUCUGCUCUUUAGGUGAGAAGGGCAGCAUGCACUGGCCACCUGUGUGAUACACUUAUCUGUGCUGAGCAGCCCGCGCCCUGCACGGCAUUAUCGGAGAGCCCCGGUGACCGCCUCGCCGUGGCAAGGGGCCUCGCACGGGACUCAGAAAUUCGAAAUAAAUAGAUACAUAAAUAAAUAAAUAGAUAAUGCCAAAUAAGAAUUUCUCCUAGGGUGCUGCAUCUGUAGGGUGACUACAUCCAUCGGCGGUCCCAACUGGAUCACACUGGGAUGUCCACGCAUCGUAGAAUGGUUUCAGUUGGAAGGAAACUUUAAAAACCAUCUGGUCCAAUUCCCCUGUGCUGGUUCCCACUGCUCAGUGCCGCUCCAUGGAGGGCGGUGGGCCAGUAUUGAUCUGUAACUGGCACAGGUCAAAGGUCUGGAUCAUGGAAUCAUAGACCCAGAGAAUCCUGAAGGUUGGAAAAGACCUCCCAAGAUCGAGUCCAACCAUCAAUCCAUCACUAUGAUGCCCGUUAAUAGAAUCAUAAAAUCGUUUGAGCUGGAAGGGACCUUCAGAGAUCAUCCAGCUCAACUACCCUGCAUUGAAUCAUUAAGGUUGGAAAAGACCUCCGAGAUCAUCAAGUCCAACCAUCAAUCCAUCACCACCAUGCCCACUAACCAUGCCCCCAGUGUAUGAAGCCUCCCAGGCUGCCUCUGAAAGAGCCAAACCCCACAGCCCUGCUGGGGUUCUGCAUGCCUCCUGCAUCCUGUCUUUGUGUGCCCAUGCACAGGGGCACAGUUUUGCUUGUGCCUUUCAGUCCAGGAAAAGCAAAAACCAAGUUCAAAGGGAGAGUGAGUCCCAGAGCCAAGCAGAAGCCUUUGCUCAGGCUCUGAACCAGGGAAAGGAGCAUGACUGGUCUGGCUGUAGGGUGGCUGGUCCUGCCGUCCUUGUGCAAGGCCUUUUAUUUCCCAGAAGAGAGAGCACAAGGGAGAUUUAGACUGAAUACAAGGAAAAGGUUGUUAACAAUAAGGGUGGUGAAGCACUAGCACAGGUUGCCCAGAGAAGUGGUUGAUGCCCUGCCCCUGGAGACAGUCAAGGUCAGGCUGGACAGGGCUCUGAGCACCUGGUUAAGCUGAGGCUGCCCCCGCUCAUUGUGGGAGAGUCCUACCAGAUGGCCUUUAAAGGUCUCUUCUGACUCAAACAGUUCUAUGGCACUAGGAUUCUAUGAUCCAAAGUUACAUAGCUGCAUCCGGGCACAAGAGCCCUCAGCAUCCCCAGGGACCUGAUGCUGGGCAGAAGGGCCAGGGAAGUGUGCAGGCUCAUUGCCACCUGUCUCAGAAAUACCCCCAGGUUUAGGGAGCCUGUAAAUGCUGCAGAGGAGCCAACAUCUGGGCACUGCAGGCAUGAAGCCAUUGGAAUGCAUCAUGCUGAGAAGGGUUUGGUGCCUUCUGCAGGGGUGCUAUGUGCAGGGCUGCAGUGAGGACAGUGAGAUAAGGGCUGCUGUGUCCGGAGCCGCCUGUUAAGCUGGUCACUGGCUAUUCAUGGAAGACCACACCUUGUGCACGCUGACCACCCCAUGGACUGAACCCCCCGGCAUGGAUCCCCCCCGUCCCAGCCAAUGACCCCACAGCGCGGGGUGGGGAGGAGCUGCUGGCAGCGGAUAAAAGCCCCCGGGGUCUGCAGCUCAGCUCCAAGCUCUGUGUGCUCCCGCAGCCGCACGCCAACCCCACCGCCACCAUGGUGCACUGGUCCGCUGAGGAGAAGCAGCUCAUCACCAGCGUCUGGGGCAAAGUCAACGUGGAGGAAUGCGGCGCCGAAGCCCUGGCCAGGCUGCUGAUCGUCUACCCCUGGACCCAGAGGUUCUUCGAUAACUUCGGGAACCUCUCCAGCCCCACCGCCAUCAUUGGUAACCCCAAGGUCCGCGCUCAUGGUAAGAAAGUGCUGAGCUCCUUUGGGGAAGCCGUGAAGAACCUGGACAACAUCAAGAACACCUACGCCAAGCUGUCGGAGCUGCACUGCGAGAAGCUGCACGUGGAUCCCGAGAACUUCAGGCUCCUGGGGAACAUCCUCAUCAUCGUGCUGGCCGCGCACUUCACCAAGGACUUCACCCCGACCUGCCAGGCUGUCUGGCAGAAGCUGGUCAGCGUGGUGGCCCAUGCCCUGGCCUACAAGUACCACUGAGUGCCCAGAGCAGGACACAGCUGUGAAAGUCAAUAAAAAAAACACGUUGCCUGAA